GAUCCCAUUCAGUAAGUUUUUCAAUGCCUGCUUCAUUUCAUUUCCAUUUCGUGUUUUCUAAACUAUUUCWUUUUUUUCAUUUUUUCAACGUUCUCACUGCAGAGGGCAGCUGCAAGGACCAUUCAUGAGAAUCAUGAAAGCGAUGCGAGCCUCUGAGUAUACAACUUCUGACAAAUUUCCACUUGUGCGGUUUCAAAGAGAUCUGAUCGAUACGAUUGGAGAGGAACCGCACCAUAUUCAAACUGUAUUUUCGUUCUUUGGACCCGAUUAUAUAUCACCAGGUAAGACAUUGCACUCGACAUCUUCUAUGUUGAUUUCCACGUUUAACUCAAUAUUAUGUUCAAAUAUCUACCGAUUUCUUUGUAAAUAGGGAGAGCUAGAGACGCAAAUAUGUUUGCACCAGAAGCUCAUGUCUUAAACGGUCCAACAUCUGUUACGACUUCGAACGGUAUGUUGAGCCUCUUUAAAUAUGGUUCAACAAAAUGCGGUGAGUCAUUUUUUGGUACAGCAUAUCCGACGAGAACUGGAAGGAUCAAUGUUUGCGUCAUCGGCAACGAUGAGUACAGCUUUGGUAGCAACAAGUACAAUCCAAAGGUAUACGGACUAGACACUGUAGAUGAUGUGGUCAAUGACCUUGCCACAUUAUUGACCAGCGGACGUCUUUCUCCAGAAAACAGAGAGAUCGUUAAGGGCGCAUACCUAGAAACGUUAGCAAAUGGUCAGUCCGAAGAAGGACCUUCUCGCGAAAAGGAGGCAUUAAUCAAUGCUCAACAAUUGA